GACGUGCCUAGCAUGGAACAAAUCCACAUACACUGAUAUCCAAAGAAAACAAACCCUUCACCUCCGUCCAUAAAAGAGAAAGCGCCACAAUAAACUCAUCGCCUUCCAGUUCCACCAACCGUAGAAACAAUGUCAGAUCUGGGUCCCCCUCACCCAAUUUUCCCCGCCCUGACCUCCUCCACGGUCCUCGCCUUUCAGUUUUCAUCCUGGUAUCCUAUUUUUGCGAAAUCGAGCAUCAAAUCGACCAUUAUCCGACCACUCAGCGAUGUUUUCCGGGUGUAUCUCGAUACGGACGGAAUAUAUAUCCCAGAAGGCUCUGAGAACGCGUGAGGCGGACCUUUCUUCUCUUGUAUGUUCGUUUGUGAUAAAUGUGCUGAUGCUACCGAAUAAUAGGUGCCCAAAGAGCUCGCUUGUGGAUGACAGUGAGGACGGAGAUGAGGAUGAGGGUGAUGUACCGCGGUUUGCAUUUCCAGAAAUCGACCUGCGUAUCAGACAAGCAAUCCAAGAGUACGGAGGCGU